AUGUCAUUACCGCGUUUUAACUUUCCGCCGGAAAGUUACUCCGCCGUUUAUUCCAGCGACGUGACGAGUGCGAAUGUAGUGCAUUGUACAGCAUCAGGAUGCGAACCACGUGGUGUACAUAAUCAACUUGGCGCCCCGGCAUUCGAACCAUCAACACCACCAACUUCUUUAUUCAGCUGUUUUCAUUGCGCGUUUCGAAACGGCAUUAAUGUUCUACGAAAGGAAAAACACGCAGCCAAAAAUAAGGUAAAUUUUAUUCAAUUGGAUUUAGUGUAA